AUGCUUUUUUUCACAGCACGGCAGGCCGCCGCCGUCCUCGUAGCUUUCGUAUUGGCGGCAGCAAAUGACGUUUCCAUCGCUGCUAUCCCGUCUUCCUUUGCCCUCUUUACUCCGAAUGAUCUCGCCGCGUUCAAGGUUCCCACGCCUGCUUGCGCUGCCGCCCUGGGAAUGCAGCUGCAGUGCAGCCGCGCGGCUGUUUUUGGAAACCUCUCCUCAUUGAAUCAAGACGCAGAACGCGCGGCUUUCUGCGAUCCCAAGGGCGCUUGUCAGCAGUCCUUACAGGCCCUUAACCUUCAGGUCCAGAAGGACUGUCCCAUGGAUUUUAUGCUGGGUCCUACUGCCAACAUUGCUUAUAUCCUCCGCCAUCUCGUUCUUUCGUCUGCACUCCCCUGUGCAAAUGACGCUGCGUCCGGUGCAAAUUGUGUCAAGCAGGUCAAAGAUGUCUUGUCGAAAAUCGAUCCAAAGGCUAACAUUUUCGAUGUACUGGACAAAAAGUUUGCUUGUGGUUGCUUCCUCGCCGCAACCCUGUUGAGGAAACCGGUCGAUGCCAAUGCCCAGCAGAUGUUAUACAUUUUGAGAACUCGGAUUUGCGGCGAAAAUUCCGUUCAAGAUGCAGUUGAAACCAUCCUCCUGCCCACAAUCCCCAACCUGCCCUAUGUUCCUCCUCUGCAACCGGCAAACUCCUCGAUGACCUUUGAUGCUUACGCUGCAUCGCCUCAAGCCGAACAAUGCGGGCCUGCGGCAGCCACCCCGUUAUGUCCGAAUGGUCAAUGCUGCAGCUUGAAAGGACUUUGCGGCUCAGGUCCCGACUUUUGCGGUCCUGACAACUGCCGCUACGGAUAUGGACCUUGUACACACAGGACUGUCGACCCAAAAGCUAUAUGUGGCGCUACUUCUGCCAACUUUGCUGUUUGUCCAACCGGCUGCUGCAACGGACAGGGCCUUUGUGGAUUGGGCUUUGCUGAUUGCAUGCUAGCGGAUCCACAAAAGCCUUCCCAAAAUGGCGCACCCACGGGAUGUCAGAUAGGCUUUGGACCAGGCCAAUGUACUCAAUUUUUCAACCAGAAUCAUCAAUGUGGUCCUUACGCGACUGCGGAAAAUAGGAGAUGUCCCAAAGGAACGUGCUGUGAUACAUCUAUUGGCCAAUGCGGGACUUUCCGCAGUUUUUGUGAUCGCACCACAUGUAAUCCAAUUUACGGAGAUUGUGGCCCCCAGACAUUUGACAAGACCGCAGUCUGCGGCUUCACAAGUGUAAAUCAGACUUCCUGUGGGCCAACCGCCUGCUGUGGUAAGGCAGGUCAGUGCGCCGCGUCGUCCGAAUACUGUAGUCCUUCCCAGUGUCAGGAAGGUUUUGGCGCCUGCGGGUGGCCCUUGGACAUCAAGUGUUCCGCAGCCACUAUGAUGUCGCAAGACGGGGUGAAUUAUAUUGGAAACUGGACUGCAACCCCAGCUAACGCAAGUGCUACGAUACCCUGUGCAAAUGGUAAUGCGAACGGCAAUGUUACCGCUGAGUGUCUAUCGAACGGCUUGUGGGGAAAGGUGGUAUCCACAUGCAAUCCUCCGAUCGUUGUCUGCCCGACAGCGGCAGGAUGGACGAGUAAACUGGCUGGACAGAACGCAACUCAAUCUUGCUCAAACGGUUUUGCCGGUAACAUGACGGCUCGGUGUAAUCCAGAUGGUAUAUGGGCUACCCCCGACACCUCCCAGUGCUAUCGCAUAGGAUGCCCGGCAUUUGACGUGUUUCCCGCAACGCCUUUCAAUGGAAUCGCAAGUGCUCCAUGUCCCGUUCUCUUCAGUGGCAAUCAAACGGCACGCUGCCUUCCAAGUGGCAAAUGGACUACCGUCGAUACGUCGCAGUGUGUUUGGAGCAAGGAGUCGACUUGCGUCUCGGAUGUGUUCCCGCGCACGCCACUGGGACAGAACGCCACGGGCCCCUGUCCUUCGCCUUUGGUAGGAAAUCAAACGGCUCUUUGUGGGCCGGCAGGUAUCUGGGCUCCUGCGGAUACCCAAAAAUGCAUCACACCGACGAAUACUCUGUCGACUACAAGAACCGCUAUACACUUGACCACUGUGCCCCCUCAGGUUACGGUGCCACCUGUUCCUUCUCCCCGUCCCACUUGAUUGCAAAGUGCGCGGCCACUAUGCCUGUUUAUGUUGGAACUAAUCAAAUGUACCCUCUUUCUUUUAUGACGAAUGCCAUAACCUCAAAAUUCUUCUAAGUAGCAGACGCAUCUCAGAGUUUGCAAAUGGCCAAUGUAAUAAUCUGUAGACUUGAUAUACUAGAUAGACGUUUUUAUAGAACCAGCUUUGAUCGUAAAGAAAUAAGAAUGAAGAAGGUGCGCGGCUUUGAAGAUCACGUGGAAAGAUCCCUGAGAAUAACCAAGCGUUUUGUUUCCCAUGGAGCCACGUGUGUGGAAUAUUACUUGAGAAUUUAAGCCACGGAAGA